AUGGGGAGAAUUAAGAAGGUGGCGGGCUCGAAGCAUGAGGCUACAAUUUCCCCGUAUAUGUCCGAGUUCAUCAAACUCGCAACUAAUGUACCCCUCGCCAAGCUUCCGGCACACCUUGCGACCCUUCCACGCACAUGGCCUUUCCCGCGAGGCGACCUUUAUCAUUGGAUUCCCCUCUUAGACCGAUUCGAUGACAUCUUGGCCAACGUUAUUGACCGGUACGGACUGAAUGCUGGCCCUCAGAUAAUACCGUUCAACCGACUUGUAUUGACCGACACUCUACGCAUCGACGGCUCCAACGAAGAGAUUGAGAUCGACCAAGUGCUGAACUCUCUUGGAUAUGGACCCGAGGGUGAUCGAGAACUCGUGGAGGCCAUCCUUGAUUUCUCACAGUUACUACAGGAGAAAUGUGGGAAUCGCAGUCUAUACAGUAGCAGUGACCGCUUAAACGACCUAUUGAAUACAACCUCGAAUAGCCUCCUGUUGCUUACACUCCGUCUAGCCCUGGCUCUAGCUCAGCGAUACCAUGCUCGCCAACGGAAUGCCAGCACCACGCACUUCCAACAGACUUUGUUGGCCGCGCACUACAAUAUUGACUUGGAAAAGGUCCAGAAACUUGCAUUACCAUUUCCCCGACCAACUGUGCUAAGCAAGUCCUCAACUGGUCCGUCUUCACCUAUUGUAUCUACUAAAGGAAAAGAAAAGUCCUUAGCAACCAGGCACGAUGCCAACGAUGCCAUUGCUUUACUUCGAGAGAAAACAGGCUGGGAAGAAUGGGGUAAUGUUAGAGCAGUAUACUAUCCUUCGGGUAUCUCCGACCAGGAUAAAUCCUUGCCAGAAGUUCGACCAUAUGAACAACCCCAGUCCCAAGUGCCUACCACUCCUACGCCAUUGCGGAGAAGUGCGACUCUUCCAACACCCCGUCUUAGUCGCAUGUCCAGCACCGAAGAGUCUCCUUUAGUACAUGCUACCACACCUUUGGCCAGGGCUGGAGAGUCAUCUCGCAACUCCAGAGUUGUCGAGGUUCCAUCUCUGAAGGUUGCCUCAACCAGAAUUGAAACCAUUAUUGAAUCGAAAUUGGUCGAAGUACCGGCGGAGUCGAAAUACGAUUUUCUUCAUCGAGUGCGGACCGCUCGUUCCCUGGUUGAAUCUGAUAAAACUCGCGAGGAGGCCUUGUCAAUCCGUCUACUUGCGCUUACUAACUUGGCCUACCUUUAUCCGGAAACCAUUAUGCAUCAAAAGAUAUUGCAACAGGAUUCAGAUCAGCCCAAACGUCUACAGCUGGUUUAUCAACUCGCGGAACUGGCUCAUCUUGGCGCUAGUGGUGACCUCACAACCCUGCGGACCACACAAACGUUCGCAUUGCUCGCAUUGGAUGCUCUGACGAAACACAAAGGAAGAUCUGCCGAUGUUUGUGCAGCCCUCAGCGUUAAUGUUAACCAUGGCAUUCUAAUGUUCCUGACUCGAAAAGCCAUAACAGAGCUUUCUACCGAACAGGAGGAUGAAAAUGAAUCGGAUGAGUGGCGGGAUGCCUUGUUUUUGCUGCUAAGGACAUUGCCAGGCUCCAGCUCAAGGACUCCAGAAACUUUAAUUGCAGCUGGGUUGAUCCCUAUGUUUGUUGAUGUCUUGAAUCUUCGCACCGAGAAAGCUCGACUUGUAUACCCUCGCGUCCUUGAAUUCCUGGAUACAUUUGUACAUGCUGUUCGAGAUGCUCUUGCAACAUUAGCAGCUGCCAAGGGAUUCGAAGCUAUUUCCGAUUUGAUAGGAUUCGAGACUAGGUCUGCUUUUGACAAAGUAAACGAAGGUGUUGGCAUACCACCAGACUUCCGCACCCCAUCUGUCGACUAUAAUAUUCCAUAUUUUCAACAGCAAUCUUUGAGAUGGCUCUUCAGAUUCGUCAAUCACAUAAUGCAACACAAUGGAGGAGGUUUUGACCGGCACAUACGCAAUUUGGUUGAUUCACCACCAUUGUUGACUGCCCUCCGUUUGAUAUUUGAGAACGCACCGAUCUUUGGUUCUCAUGUGUGGAGCGGUGCCAUCAAUAUUCUAAGCAGUUUCAUACACAACGAACCUACUAGCUAUGCUGUUAUUGCCGAAGCUGGUCUCAGCAAGAGUCUCUUGGAAGCAAUUGUUCUACAGGAUCUUAAAGCUCCGGAUGUGCCAGAGCCCUCCGCAGCCGUUGCUGAUGUAGAAUCGACCGGGGAAACGAGUGCCAUGCCUACUGGCGGACUUGCAGCUCGAAAUGUGAAUUAUGUCCUCGCGCGCACCAAGGGACAAAAAUUAGCAAAUGGAAUUUUACCUGCCGCAGAAGCAAUGUCGUGUAUUCCCCAGGCGUUUGGGGCUGUCUGCCUCAAUUCAGCAGGACUAGACCUGUUCAAGGCAUCCGGUGCUCUUGACAGUUAUUUUGAGAUAUUCGAGAGCCCUGCCCAUGUUAAAUGCAUGGAUGCAAAUCUUGUGCGUUCAUUAGGAACUACGUUUGACGAACUUGUCAGGCACCACCCGGCCCUCAAAGAGUCAGUUAUGUCCGCCGUAUUGGUCAUGGUUGCCCGAGUUGGAUUGCUAUGUAAGAAGAUGGCUUACAACGGCGCCGGAGCUAAGUUGUGGGCCAAGGAUGAACAAGGAAACGUAUCAGUGAUAGGUGGCAAGCAUGCCUUGCCUGUGGAAAUUGGAGAGCCUUUUGAGAAAAUAGCUGAACGCAAUGGGAAUUUUUCUUACCCACCAUUGCAAGAGGUGACGCUUCCUAAUGGUGGCACUCUGACAGUCGGUGAAGUUCCGAGUACAGAACAACCCAUGGCUCAGAUUUCCUCAACAGAUGCUGAUGACUGGGGUCUUACUGCUGCAAAUUAUAUCUACCCUGUCAUGCGCUUCCUCGGGGCUUUCUUUGAGAACCAAACAAACUGCACGUAUUUUAUUGAAACCGGCGGUGUUGAGUUCGUGUUGGACUUUGCAACUCUACCUAGCCUCUCAUUCGAUUUUCAGAGUCGUCAAGCCAAUAGUGAACUUGCGCAAUUGGUUCAUAUGAUGGCAGAAACCAAGCCACAUCUCGUCAUUCCUUCUCUGAUUAAACGAAAUCAAGACUCUCUCGAUCGCCUCGCCGAUUUUUGGAAAGAACCCACAUCGACAGGCUUUUUCACGCCCUUGACUCAGCCGGAUCCUGGGAGUUCUAACAGCAGCGAUAAUAGAGAGUUGAUUUGGAGCCGAGGGACAUACUAUGUGAAGCAUCUUGUAGCUGUUCACGUUUUGACUGAUAUGUUACGUGAGGUCUAUAGCCCCCCAAUGUAUCAAACACGCCCUAGCCAUCAAACAUUCGCAUUUUCACAAGUCAAUCUAGCCGAUCAAUACGCGACUCUUGUCAGAGACUUAGGGAAGCUUCAUGCUGCUUGUGUUUGGGAUGAAAUUCUCGUGCAGAAAAAUCUGCCUAAACGCUGGAUUGAAGCCACAAAAGUGUCUAGCUACGAUAUGGGCAGCGACGAAGCCAACCAAGCACUGGGACCUUCCAAUGACAAUUUUCGGCAGGAUGUGGUUCCUGAUAAUGAUGAAGACCGGCCAAUCUCUCCCCAGACUGCCACAAAUGCUGAGCUUGAGGGUGUUUCGAAUUCCAAUAUUACAGCGCCAGCAACAGCCGAUGAUGGUUCUCGAGCAGGUGAAGACGAAGGGCCUACCUUCAAGAACACACAGGCCCUACGGUAUCUUUUGAGUUCUCUACCAACGACUAUUACAGAAUUUUUCCACCUUCUCGGCAUAGGCAUUUUCGCGAAGCGUCGGCCUGACAAUUAUCACAGACAGAGUGCAUUCAUGGUAGCGGAUGUCAUUGCUGAAAAUGUGCUUAAUCAAUUACAGUUGACUGCUCCUAACAGAGCCCUAGAUGUCAAAGAUCGCUUUUCCUAUCUCAUUGUCAUCCUAUCCGCCUUCUCCCAGUUGCUGUUCGAAGCCCCUGUAGAGCGAUCUCACCCACUUUUACUUACAUCCAUUCUUUUGGCAUUCAAAAAGCAAAAUGGAUUAAAAGUGAUGAAAACUAUCUGCGAACUUUUCCUGCAAGAAAUCAAGCUGCUGGCCCCGCAAGCUGGAAAUUUAAAUGAUGCCGACCACUCAGCCCGCCUCGCAUCUGCCUAUGGAGGAAUGAAGAUAAUCCUUACGUUCUUCUCAGAGGUCACUUCUGCACGGGAAUCGAACCAGCUGCAAAAUAUCCAGACCAAUGACCGGGACCGGGACCGUCCCGAUCAAUUCAACCCUAGUCAAUUUUUGGUAGACUUGCGAAUGGAAGUUCUACCUAUGGUGAGAGACCUAUGGUGCUCUGACUUUGUUGAUCAGGCUUCAAGUUCUAUAGUCAAAUGCCUGGUGGAUAUUCUCCGUGCAACCCUGGAUGGAGAACACGAAGCCGGGGCAGCUACUCAAAAGGGCCGCAAUCAGUUUAUUUCAGAUUAUUCUAAGCGAACUUUCUCUCUCAACCGAGACAGGCUCACCACGCUCAUAGAUCGUGGCUUUGAUAUGGAACUAUGUCGCGAGGCACUCUAUAGGUGCAAUAAUACCCUGGCUGCUGCGGAGGACUAUUGUCGUGCCCAAACCUGGCUUCGGCCACCUCCUAGAUUCUCUCCUGGACCUGAUCUUGAAGCGACAACAAGGGUUACGGGGCCUACCGAGAACAUGUCGAUAGCAGAUACUCCUCAUUUCAACCAUUUGACCGUGUCGGACCGCAAUGCCGCUCUAGCAAGGUAUUUCGGAGACGGGUCGACUCGCUUCACGGCAGGUGAAGGAAAUCUGAAUGAGAUAGGAGAAAACGAGCCCGGUAGUAAUACGGAAUUCUUGGCCAGGACGUUAAACCAUAUCUUCAAUGAUUCGGAUACUCUCACCAACGACCCACUAGAAGAAGCUUCUACAGAAAGUCGCCGCGGUGCACCCAGCGAGACUGUAAUUCAGUCAACUGAAUCACGCAAGAAUGAGGUUACGACUAUCGGGGAACUUGAUGCUGAACGUGACAAAAUCAGAAUCAAUCUCAUAGAACGAUGCCUUGAUGUCCUCAAUGUUCAUCACGAUGUCACAUUUGAGUUGGCUGAUCUCAUUGCUGCAGCAACGAAGAAACAUCGGGACCCGGAAGGAUUCCGAAAAGAAGUUGGAGAAACGUUGGUGCAGUCUCUGGUUUCACUACAGAUGGAGGAUGAUUUUCAGCCAUCUGGCAAGAAGAUUGCGGCGUACGCUAAUCUACUGGCUUUGGUUCUUCAAGACAAACAAAUAUACAACGCGACAGUGGAUGAGCUAAAGGAGUGUUUUGUUACUCUUCUUGGAUUCAUCAAAAUAUCCCAUUCCGAUAAGCCAGCUGAAGAGACGUCUCCAUGGAUUGGGCAAGUAUUGCUCGUCAUUGAAAAAUUGUUAUCAGAUGAUGCUCAACCACCUCAGAUACGUUGGUCACCACCUCAGACUCUCGAUGACUCUAUUGAUACUGGAAGGGCUUCUCUUGAGCCACCUCUGCUUGCGUUGGAUGAAAAAAUGCAGCUUUUUGAGUCGCUACUAGAUAUCCUUCCUAGGAUAGGAAAGGAUGGCUCUCUCGCGUUAUCAGUGUGCCGAAUCAUUGUUAUUCUCACACGCAGUCGACAGAUUGCGGUUCGCAUGGGCGAGAAGCGUAACCUUCAGCGUCUCUUCGUCAUGAUGAAGCAAUUAUCAAGCUCUACAAAUGACAAACUACAAGGUGCUUUCAUGCUGGUUUUGAGGCAUAUCGUCGAAGAUGAGGAAACCAUCAAGCAAAUAAUGAGAAGCGAAAUUACCUCUAGCUUCGAAUCUAGAUCUUCUAGGCAAACCGAUACAACUGCAUAUGUCAGACAAAUGUACCACUUGGUACUUAGGUCACCUGACUUGUUUGUGGAAGUGACUAACGAGAAGUUGAAACUACAACGAUAUGAGGUAAAUCAGCGACCCCAAAACCUGGCAUUGAAAGUUUCCAAACCCGAACCUGUGAUACCAAAGGCAGAUCCUGCAGAAAAGGCCAUAGACAGCGUUGAAAGCAAUGAGACAGCAGAAAUGAGAGACAAAGGAAAGACCUCAGAUAUCAAGCCCCCAGUCGUCGAGAAUCCUGAUGGUGUGAUCCAUUACUUGCUGUCAGAACUUUUGUCCUAUCGUGAUGUUGACGACAAAGAAGUUCCACAAGACAAUGUUGAUAUAAAUGCAACUGACCGCCCAGAAACGCAAACUGAUACUGAAAUGUCGGUAGCUGCUGAAGAGCCUUCACCGUCAUCUUCGACUGCAGAUCUGACUAGCACGCGAGGAUCUAAAAAGUCAGAGAAGUCAACAUUCAAGGCGGAUGAUCAUCCGAUCUACAUCUACCGGUGCUUUCUUCUACAAUGUUUAACCGAACUUCUGUCAUCAUACAACCGAACAAAAGUGGAAUUUAUCAAUUAUUCCCGUAAAGCUGAUCCCCUGGCAAUGACACCGUCAAAGCCACGCGGGGGUGUUCUCAACUACUUACUCAACUCACUGGUCCCUAUCGGGACACUAGAACACGACGAAACGAUCGCAUUCAAAAAACGCAGCAAUACUUCUUCUUGGGCAAUGCGAGUACUUGUAGCAUUGUGUACUCGCACCGGUGAAUUCGGUGGGAAUAACAGGCGACGAAAUACCGAAGAGGAAGAGGAAGAGCCCGAGCUCCUCUUUGUUCGGCGCUUUGCUCUCGAGCAUGCUUUGAAGGCGUAUAGGGACGCCAUGUCCUCUAUUGAAACGCUUGAUCUCAAAUACUCCCGCUUGAUGUGUCUUGCUGACCUUUUUGACAAAAUGCUCAGCGGCUAUACAUUCGCCAGUGGAGACACUGCUUAUCCCUCUUCCACAAGACAGCUUGCGAAAACGAUGUUCGAAAAGCACUUCAUAUCAGCUUUGACGGCAUCGAUUGCGGAUGUUGACCUCAAUUUCCCAGCAUCCAAAAGAGUCAUAAAAUAUAUUCUUCGCCCAUUGAAUAAGCUUACCCAGACUGCUGUCAUUUUGAAUGAAACCUCCAGCAUUUCAGCCCUAGAUGAGACUGACGAAGAUGAAAUAUCUUCCGCAACUUCAGUCUCAGAUCUCGAUGAUGACCGCGAGGAAACACCAGAUCUAUUCCGACACUCAACCUUAGGAAUGUUAGAACCACGGCACGAAGAAGAGACUAGUGAGGAAGAGUCUGAAGAGGACGACGAAAUGUACGACGAUGAGUAUGGCGAUGAGAUGGACUACGAUGAAGAUGUUCCCGAAGACGAUGGUGAAGUAAUUAGCGAUGAGGAUGAAGAUCUUGGAGGCCGGGGUCCCAUUGAAGGCCUGUCUGGAGACACUGGCAUGGAUAUCGAAGUCCUCCUUGAUGAAGACGAUGAAGAUGAUGAGGAUGAUGAGGACGACGACGACGACGAAGAGGAUUCCGAUUUGGACGAUGAGGACGACGAGAUUAUGGCAGGGGAAAUUACUGGUGAUCAUGGCAAUGACAGCUUAGCAGGCGAUGAGGAAGAGGAAUGGGAAAGUGAAGAAAUGUCCGAAGAUAAUGAGGAGGCUGCGGAAAUGCUCACCCAACUUGAAAAUGAACUUGCCGAUAUCAGGCAGGUUGACCAGCAUGGUGAUGGGCAACGAUUCGAGGAUAUUUUUCGUGUAAUGCAUGAGGCAGCUGGUGGCGUGGACGACUUUCCCGGGAACAGCAUGCGGGAUGAUGUGCAGGAUGAGAUGAUCGACGAUGAUAUGAAUGAGGAUGAAGAUGAAGAAGAUGAGAUCGAUGAGCUCGAGGAGGAGCUAGAUGACAUGGAUGAAGACCAAAUCUCCUACGAGGAAGGUUUAGAUGAUGAGGACCUCGAGCCAUGGGGCUGGGAAGGCGAAGAACCGCCCAUACCUCGACAUCACCAUCACCACCAUCAUCGACACUUUCGUGGAAUGCCUGCAGCGUGGACUACUUUACCCGGUGGCAUUAGCCGUCAUGGUAUCAUUCCAAUUCCCCCUUAUCGCUCUCAGCGCGGCCAGGCUGCCUCUCGAAAUAAUGAUGAUGGAACAAACCCUCUUCUACUACGUGCUGAUCGUAGUCUAGAAAUUACUGGUCAAACCCGUGGUACAGCAAAUGAGGCUUUCACCGACUGGGUUCAUGGCGUGGACUCCACAUCUGGAGGUCGGAUGUUAUCAAUGGAUAGCCCCGUCAGCUUUGUAAACGCUAUUAUGCAGGCCAUUGAAGGGGGAGGGCAGGGUGGACCGGGAUUUGGAGUUGUCUCUCGACCCGAUGGUAUACAUGUCCAUGUUGAUCGACGAGCCAUCAUGCCUAGUAACCGGAUUCAAGGUAUUUUCGAAUUGGGUCGACCGCAGCCCACCCCUACUAGGUCUCGUGAUGAUCCAUCUCAAGCUAUCGGCUUUGCUCUAGCAACAACUGCUGCUCGCUGGCAGGAGGAGGCUCGUAUUCUCUUCAGCAACAAUUACGUUGAAAAGACCCAACGAGUUGUCAACUCUCUUCUACGCGCUCUCGUACCUCCAGCUAUUGCAGAAGAAAAGAAACGCCAGAAAGAAGAGGAAGAGGCCCGGAAACGCCGCGAAGAAGAGCGAGCCGAGAAAGAGAGACUCGAGCGCGUUGAGAAAGAGAGGGAAGAGCGUGAAAAAGCGCGAAAAGAAGAGGAAGAAGCUGCUCGUCGUGAAGAGGAACUACACCGGCAAACUGAAAUUAGAGCUUCAACCGUUCAAGCAGAGGAAGUUGAUGAACCAAUGGAUGAUGUUGAGACCGCUGACUCCAUUGCUGAAGCAGCUGCCGAGUCUCAGGAAGUAGGUCCUUCCGAGCCAGUACAACAUGUCUAUACUACAAUCCGAGGCCGUCAAGUGGACAUCACAGGCAUGGAAAUUGACCCAGAAUACCUAGAGGCUCUACCAGAGGAGCUCAGAGAAGAGGUUAUCAUGCAGCAACUUGCGGAACAGCGGUCUCAAGCAGUAGCAUCUGGCGAAGAACCGACAGAAAUCAGCCAAGAAUUUCUCGAGGCAUUACCCCUUGAGAUUCGGGAAGAAAUCUUACAACAGGAAGCUGCAGCUCGGCGUCGCCGUGAUCGAGAGUCUGCUCGCCGGCAAGCUACGGCAAGCGGUGGCCCAGCCCUUGCAGAAGAGAUGGAUGCAGCUAGUUUUAUGGCUACCCUUGAUCCGUCAUUGCGGCAGGCUGUUCUUGCUGACCAGCCCGAUGAAAUUUUGGCUACACUGGGUCCAGAAUUUCUUUCCGAAGCUCGUGCUCUUCCUGGCCGACGGCUGGCACAAUUCGGGGACGUUGGCCGUGCAGAACAACGGCAUCCUGAUGAAGCUCACGAUCAAGAAACUAGAAAACCGCAACGCCGCCAAAUUGUUCAAAUACUCGACAAAGCCGGUGUUGCUACUCUACUCCGACUGAUGUUUAUGCCUCUCCAGGGGAACGCUCGGCAUCAAUUGCAUGAUAUUCUUCACAACGUUUGUGAGAAUCGCCAAAACCGGGUUGAGGUGAUCAGCCUUCUCCUUUCUAUACUCCAAGAUGGAAGUGGCGAUGUGGCAGCUAUAGAACGGAGCUUUUCUCAUCUCUCAUUACGAGCCAAGAUGCCGGCUACCCAAAAAACUCCACAGUCCGCUAAGCGUACUCUUCCUUCCCAGGCUUCGAGCAGUGCCAACAGCGAAGUUACGCCUCUCAUGGUUGUCCAGCAAUGUCUUGGUACACUUUUGUUCUUGACACAGUAUAAUCCUCACAUUUCCUGGUUCUUCCUCACCGAGCACGAGUCAGCCUCCAUGUUGAAACUGAAAGCAUUACGGAGGGGUAAAGGCAAAGAGACAAGGGAAAAUAAAUUUGCCUUAAAUUCCCUAUUAUCUCUAUUGGAUCGAAAGAUGAUCAUGGAAAGUCCUAAUUGCAUGGAACAACUGUCAAAUCUCCUCAGCACAAUCACCCAGCCUCUUACUAUUCUUUUGCGACGUGAAAAAGAGAGGCAAGACGAAGCUAAAGGCAAAGAACCUCAGCAUUCUGACGAUACAGAAGCUCAAAUUGAACCGGCAUCCAACCGCGAACAACCUACCGAUAAUCAGGAUACUCCUAUGACUGAGGCGGCCGAUGCUACGAAGGCUAGCGUAGAUGAUGAAAAGGCUAAAAAACGCUCGAUUGAACCUCCAGUUGUACCACAUCAUAAUCUGCAACUCGUCGUGAGCAUUCUCGCUGCAAAGGAGUGCAAUGGUAAAACAUUCCGAGACACGCUGUCGACGAUUAACAAUUUAUCAGCAAUUCCUGGUGCGAAGGAUAUUAUUGGCAAGGAACUCAUAUCACAAGCACAGACGCUAAGUGAAGCAAUUCUCUUAGAUCUUGAUGAAUUGCUUCCUCAUAUUGAACAAGCCAGCUCUGGAACAGACAUGCAGGGCCUUGCACUUUCCAAAUUUUCGCCUGCCAGCUCAGACCAGGCCAAGUUGCUCCGUGUUCUCACAGCGCUCGACUACCUGUUCGACCCGAACCGAGUUGACAAGAUUAAGGGUGCUGAGCCAGAAUCUGCACCCAAAGAGGAUGUACUCAAGACCCUCUAUGAAAGCUCAAGUUUUGGCCCACUCUGGAACAGACUGAGCGCAUGUUUGAAUAUUAUUCGACAAAAGGAGAAUAUGCUGAAUGUCGCCACUACAUUGCUUCCAUUGAUUGAGGCUCUUAUGGUUGUGUGUAAAAAUACGUCUUUCAAAGAAGCUCCACCUUCGCGGCGUGGUAAAGAAUUCUCCGUGACAAGCCCACCCCCCGAUACUGGGUCAGGCAUGGAAAAUCUCUUCUUCAACUUUACCGAGAAUCACCGAAAAGUACUUAAUGAGCUUGUUCGUCAAAAUCCUCGUCUCAUGAGCGGAACUUUCUCUCUCUUAGUCAAGAAUCCUAAGGUUUUGGAAUUUGAUAACAAGCGGAAUUACUUCACUCGUCGGAUUCACUCACGUGGCACGGAGUCUCGACACCCUCAUCCUCCUCUACAGCUGUCUGUGCGACGAGAUCAGGUUUUCCUCGAUUCAUUCAAGUCGCUUUACUUCAAAUCUGCCGAGGAGGUGAAAUAUGGCAAAUUGAGUGUUCGCUUUCAUGGAGAAGAGGGCGUUGAUGCUGGGGGCGUGACCAGGGAAUGGUUUCAAGUUCUUGCCCGUGGCAUGUUCAAUCCUAAUUAUGCACUGUUCAUUCCUGUUGCGUCUGAUCGAACGACAUUCCAUCCAAACCGUUUAAGUGGUGUCAAUACUGAGCAUCUAAUGUUCUUCAAGUUCAUCGGUCGCAUUAUUGGCAAGGCUUUGUACGAAGGCCGAGUCCUUGAUUGUCAUUUCAGCCGAGCUGUGUACAAGAGCAUCCUUGGGAAAUCCGUUUCAAUCAAGGAUAUGGAAACACUUGACCUUGACUAUUACAAAUCUUUACUUUGGAUGUUGGAGAACGAUAUUACUGACAUCAUUACCGAGUCCUUCUCUAUCGAGACUGACGACUUCGGUGAGACGCAGGUUAUUGACCUAAUCCCGAACGGCCGCAACAUUCCCGUGACUCAAGAUAACAAAGAGGAAUAUGUGCAGCUAGUUGUCGAGUAUAAACUGGUUGGGUCUGUGAAGGAGCAGCUCGAAAACUUCCUGAAAGGAUUUCACGACAUAAUUCCACCUGAUUUGAUAUCCAUUUUCAACGAGCAAGAACUUGAGCUACUCAUCUCUGGUCUACCGGAAAUUGACGUGGACGACUGGAAAAACAACACGGAAUACCACAACUAUUCUGCUUCGUCCCAGCAAAUCCAAUGGUUUUGGCGAGCAGUCAGAUCUUUUGACAAAGAAGAACGUGCGAAAUUACUCCAGUUUGUCACGGGCACCAGUAAGGUCCCACUCAAUGGCUUUAAGGAGCUUGAAGGUAUGAAUGGAUUCAGCAAAUUCAACAUUCAUCGCGACUAUGGCAACAAAGAACGCCUUCCAAGCUCACAUACCUGCUUCAAUCAACUCGAUCUGCCAGAAUAUGAGAGUUAUGAAGAUCUCCGCCAGCGGGUCUACAAAGCAAUGACUGCUGGUAGCGAAUACUUUGGAUUUGCGUGA